AUGGAGAUUCCAAGCUCUAAUGAAAUACUUGAGUGUAUGAGCUCUUGUCUCUCUCAGAUCAAAUGGCGACUCAAGCUCUCUUCAAAACGCCGCCUCGAAAUAGAUUUGCUGGCACUCUGCACGGGAAUGAGAUCAGUUGUGAUGAUUGACUAUGGUGGCAAGUUGCCUGAGCUACAAGAUCGCAUGCUUUCUCUUCUUGAGCUUCUCCAUGAGGCUUUACCGAUUUUCAAAGCUCUGAGGGUUAUGGUUAUAGAGGAUAUGAUUUACCUGAUCAAUGUAACAAGACUUGCCAAAUGGUUGAGUUCAGAACCUGAAUUGUUCUUUGUCGACCUGGAACAAGAUCCUCCACAGAUGGUAGAACAAAGCAAAGAAUGCAGUCUAGGGAUGGAACUUAAGUUGAUUCAGAAGCUAUUCUCCUCGACUUGA